AUGGUUGGGUCAUAUUCAAAGAAGCGCAAGGUCCAGGAUGGCAUGCAAGGCAAGACCAACCGGCCAAAGAAGUUCCGCAAGCAGCGCGCGUAUCACAGCAGCUCCGAGGAUGAGGACGAUGAUCAGAGCAACUUCAAGCCUGUCAAUCUCGCCGAUUCGGAUGAGGAGGAAGAUGGAGGUGUUCCUGUGAAGAAGGCUGUUACUGCGCCUACUCCUAAGAAGAAGACCGCCAAGUCGACACCUGCACCCAAGCAAAAACCUACUGCCGACGAGAAAGAAUCUAGCAAUGACAACGCCGAGGACGACGAAGCCGACGAGGAAGACAUCGACAUGUCUGGCUCUGAAGAAGAUGAUGAAAUUUCCGAGGAUGAACAAUCUACGACCGGUGGCAAGCGCCGUGCUAUCCCUAAGCGCAACGAUCCCUCUGCAUUCUCUACAUCCAUCUCCAAAAUUCUGUCCACCAAGCUCCCAGCCUCCGCCCGCGCCGACCCGGUCCUUUCCCGAAGCAGAAAUGCUGCGCAAACAAGCAGUGAAUGGGAGAAUGAGAAGCUCGACAAGCAAGCUCGUGCUAAGAUGCGCGCCGAGAAGAAGGAGGAGCUGGACCGCGGCCGUGUUCGUGAUGUGAUGGGUAUUGAGAGAGGCCUGACGGGCCAAGUUGGAGAGGAGGAGAAGCGUCUGCGCAAGACAGCGCAACGUGGUGUUGUCAAGUUGUUCAAUGCUGUGCGUGCUGCUCAGGUCCGUGGUGAAGAAGCUGCCAGAGACGAGCGCAAGAAGGGAACUGUUGGUAUGGGAGAGCGGGAGAAGACUGUGAAUGAGGUCAGCAAGCAGGGCUUCCUGGAGUUGAUCAACGGCAAGAAGGGAAAGCCUUUGAAUAUUGAGGAGGCUUAA